UCGUUGUUAUCUCUGCAAGAAAUCAAGAACUAAUCCACGAUGACAACACUCAGAGAGAACAAGGCACCGCCCAUAAAGAACAAGUCUUACGAGGAGAGGAAGCAAAACCUAAAGAAGAAAGCAAGUGAGCUUGCAACAUUGUGCGACGUUCCUGUUUGCCUAGUCUGUGUUAAUCCUGAUGGCUCCACUGAAACAUGGCCAGAAGAAGAGGAGAGGGUUGUUGAUGUUCUCAUGGCUUACAAAGCCCAAACAACAUUAAAGAAUGAAAGCAAGGAAGGUGAGAAGAGCACGGAGAAGGUUGUCGACAAGGCACCUCAUGUUUUUGAAACUUGGGACACAAGGUUUGAGUACUUACCUGAGGAGUCUUUGGUGGAUGUUUUGAAAAUCUUGGAUAGGCAGUUGCAGGUUGUGAAUCGAGUUGUUGAGAAGGAACAGAUUGGGAAGAAGAGAAAAAUUUUGCAGGAUGGAAGGAGCAGCAAAAUUGUGCAUGAUGUUAAUGAUGAUGGGUCUCAAAAAGCUGGUCUAAUCACAAAAAAUUUUCUUGAUUCGGUUGGCUUGAACCUGACCAAUUCAUAUACAGGAAACUACAGUGAUAUCAACAGUUUCUCGGGUAGAAAUUCGGAGGGCAACAGUGAUUUUGAGAAACCAGUGGAUUUGGAGUUGCGUUUGUGAUGAGAUAGAUGAAAUUGGGGUGAAGUAUAGAAACCUUGACAGCAUCCAUGCCGCAUCCACAGUCAAUGUUGUGGAUUUUCUAGGCUAGGGUUUUUCUUCUUCUUUG